GUGUAGUUGGUAUACAUGAAAGUAACAUGGUGGUUAGAGCGCGUGCUAAGUAUAAGUUUGUGUAGUUUAACUGAUAAUAAAAAAAAAAAAAAGUAUAUUUUUCUCAUCUAAAAUAACGAGAUAAAUUAAAUUAAACGACGAAAAAUUGUGUCACUUGUAAUUAGUUUAAUGUAACACAAUCUUAAAAUAUGGCAGAAUCAAUUGGACCAAUACUUCAUGUGAUUGUCGUCGGAUUUCAUCACAAAAAAGGAUGUCAAGUAGAAUACUCGUUUCCUCCUUUGGUACCUGGAGCUCCAAACGAAUGUCCAUUAGGAUGGAAAUAUUUACCAACUCUGGCUCUGCCAGAUGGAUCUCAUAAUUAUGAUGAAGAUACAGUUUAUUUUCAUUUGCCCAGUCUGAAUAAUCCAAAAUGUACAAUAUAUGGCAUUUCAUGUUUUAGACAAAUUCCUGUUGAGAAAUUAAAAAAUCGUACAUCUGACAUAACAAGAGGUACGGUUCAAAAAUCUGUUUGUGUUUUAAGUACUUUACCAUUAUAUGGUCACAUUCAAGUAAAAAUGGCUUUGAUAACGCAUGCAUAUUUUGAAGAAGGUGACUUUAGUAAAGUGUCAUUAUUAGAAGAUACUUAUCAUCAUCUCAAUUCUUGUAUGAGUUGUGAGAGUCAAAUACCACCGCAAAUAUUUGUUGGGUUGUCUGCAAGAGAUUUCAUAUUACAGUUUCGUCACAAAGUUCUUUUAUUAUUUAAACUACUUUUGUUAGAAAAAAGAAUAAUUUUUUAUCAAUCACCAGUUCAACCAUUAUGCGCUGCGAUAUUAACGUUACUUUCAUUGUAUCCUGGUAUGAUAGAACAUGGUUUGCAACAAGCUGCUUGUGUUAGAACAUCUAGACCCAUGUCUCCUAUUCCUACAUUUGAUGAAGAAGAAAUAUCGGUGAAUACUAUCGAUAAUAAUUUAUCUUCUACAAAUUGUAUCAAAGAUGGUAUAUCUGAUAGAGUAACGGUACAUAUUAAUGGUAAUUCUGAUAGAAAUUCAUUAUGUAUAAAUGAUAAUAAAGCUAUUGAAACUAUGGAAGGUAAAUGCAUGGAUGAAUUAAAAAAUGUAACAGUACAAAAGAAUAAUAAUGAAAAUGAAAAUUUAAAUAUGAAAGUCAUUGAAGUUAAUUCAGCACAAGAAUGUACCAACGUGGAAGAAAAUAAUCCUGUAUAUUCUUCAAAAUCGAAUGAUAAUAUGCAUAGAGUGCAAAGUAUACAUACAAUUACGUUAAGUACAACAGAUACUGAUAAUACAUUACCACGUGAUACAAGUAACGAUGCACUUUCUGAUGCACGUUUAACAAAUAAUAUUACUCAAAUUGCACAUAUAAAUUCUGAAUUAUGUGGUUUACCUUUAAACAUAUUUACGAAGGGAUAUUUAUGUUUACCAUACUUAUCCUUACCAUAUCUGGAUCUUUUGGCAGAUAUUAAUGUUAGAGGAUACAUAGUAGGUGCAACGAAUGUUUUAUUUAAACAGAAAAAACAACUUAUUGAUGUAUUAGUAGAGGUUGAAAAUACGCGAAUAGAAACAAGUGAUCCGGAAUUAAGAAGACAAUUGCAUCUUACAACUGAAGAUUUAAGAUUUGCUGAUUAUAUAGUAAGGCAUGUUUCGGAGCCACGCAAAGAUAUUUUUUUGGAUGGUGUAGGAUGGGAAGGCGGAGACGAAUGGAUUAGAACUCAAUUUCGGGUUUACUUAUUGAGCAUGUUAAGAACAUCGAUGCAACAAGAUAGUAGGCAAUCUGAUCAUUAUAAUUCUGCAUUUAUAGCUGCUUGGCGUUUAACGAAUAAUUAUAAAAUAUGGAAUAGUUCUAAUAAACCAGAAAUUAGUAAUAUAGAACCAGGUCAUCCAUUUGCUGGACAAUUAUCUGUUCAAGAUAUGAAAUUACGAUUAUCGCAUACAAUGCAAAAUACAGAAAGUGGUAGAAAAUUGAAUCAAGCAAUGGCAUCAACUGGACGAGCAGUUGCGACAACUGGAAAAGCAGUUGGUGGUGCAUUAUCACAAGCUAAAGGAGCUUUUUCUAACUGGUGGAGUACAUUAACAACAGUUCAACCCGUAGAAGAAGGAAAGGACAAUCAAACUUCGACUAUACAUCAAACGCUUUCAAGUAUGGUUAACAAAACCGCUGUGGAAGAUGACGAAAUUAAUAUGACUACUAACAAUACAGGUUUAGAGGAAUGAUUGCGAAUUAAUACAAAGACUUAUAUCAAUUCCAAUUAUUUUUUAGAAUAACUAUAAAACUAAAUUUUUUUUUAAAUCUACAAGGGAGAAAAAUCUCGAAGUGAUUAGUAUCAAUUUUGAUGAAAUUUUAAUAUAUAAUAAUUCACAAAAGUAUUGGAUAUUUAUUUUUUUCUUUUAACACCAAUUAUUUCUAUACAAACAAAUAAUAAUGAUAUUUAAGUAUUCUUCUUUUUUGUAAUUCAAUAUACCUUUGUAUAGAUAUAAAAUUAUUUCUAUAAGAUAUCAAAUUUUUAAUCUUUAAUGGCUCGUUAUAAUAUUGGUAUAUAAAAUAAUAAUUAAUAGUUCAAAGAUAAAAAUUUUUUUAAGAUAUGAAAACAUAUCGAAAUCAAUGAAAAAUAAUUUAUUAGAUUUUAAAUGAUAUUAGAUUUUAUAUGACAUUUUCUAACUAUAAUCUAAAUUAAGUAUAAAGUAUCAUUACUAUUUUUUUAUAAUAAAACAUUUUAUAUAUACGAUAUCGAAUAUAAUAAUUUUUUUUUAAUUUGCAAAAAAAUAAAAAAAUAUUAAUUGAUGCAUAUUUUAUGCUUUCAUAUAUAGUUUAUGUACAUCGAUAUUCAUGACAAUAUAUAUUCAUCUAAGAUUAAAAAAAUUUAAUAUAAAUAAUUUUUCGUAUAUAGAAAAAGAUUAUUUUCAAAUCUUAUCAUUCAAUUAAAAAUUAAUAAUUAAAAUUAUAAGAUUCGUCUAUUGGUAUCAUUUUUGUUUAUCUAUCGAAAUAUUGGACCAAAUAACAUAAUAAUGAUUUUCGCCUUUACAAUGUGAAUGAUUGACGUUAAAAAUAUCCAAUAUUUUUUUUUUAAAUAUUACAUAAAAAAAUUAACAUAAACAUUUUAAUAUUAAAUUAUUUUUUAUGAAUAUCAGCAAUAUUCGUCACUUCGAGAUAAUCCCCAGAUGUAAAAGUCUGAAAUUUGAACAUCCGUACCCAAUAAACAGAAGAAAUACAAAGAAUUAUCGAGGGUGCCUUAGCGGAAUUGCUUAGGUCACAGUUACCUAGCCAAAAAACUUGAAUUUCGUACAUUCGAUUGCUGCUCCCUGGACCCUCAUUUUUUUUGGAUGCUAUAAAAAUGAUAGUAUACUUACUAUACAUAUUCAUACAACAUAAAUAACAGGUAUGUGAAACAAAAAAUUUAGUUACUUCUGAAAAAUAGUUCAAUAAUAAAUUAUAAAAACAGCAGAUAGUAUAAAAAAAUUGUUCUUAUAACAAAAUUUUGAAUACUAAAAUAUAUCAACGCGUAAUGUGAUGAAAGAAUAUAAAGUAUAUAAAAUAUUAAUAUAAAAUAUUAAUAUUUUGUUCUAUUAUUUAAUUAAUAAUUAUUUUCUUUUCAUAAUUACUGAUCUUUCUAAUUAAAAAGGAUAAUGAUCUUAUUAAACAAAUAAAUUAUGCAACAAUAUUUGUUUAUUUAUAUAAUAUAAAAUAUUUUUUAUUAAUAAUAUAAUUGGAUCUAUUUCAUAUAUAUAUAUAUAUAUAUAUGGCAAAAAAUAUUAUAUUUUGUACAUGUAUAGUAAAAAAUAUUUAAAUGUUUAAUUAAAAUAUUUUAUUUAUUUAUAAUAAUGCAGUAUUAUUUCAGUAAUAUCGUAAUAUUAUAUUUUAAUAAUAGAAUAGAAUUUGAAACUAUAAUUUCCCAAAUUUAAUUUCAAAAGUUUUUAUAUUAAGUAUAAGAAAUAUUGCAUAUAAAGUAAAUUAUAUUGCAAAAAUUAUUGUAAAUAUGAUAUUUUUAUUUAAAUUUUCUAUUAUAUUCAUAAUUAUUAAUCAUCGGAAAAAAUAUUUUAUGUAAAAUUUCAAAAAAUAUAUUCAGUAAUGAUCA